AUGGCCUCAAUCCUUGACUAUCUUUCCCCCACCGACCUUAUAAUCGUUGCAAGGACAUCAAAGAAAAUGCAUGAGAUGGCGUACGAUGAUACCAGAUGGGUUAGGUUUCUAAGGCAGAUAGGCUGUUGGAACGAAGCAGAAGCUAGGAGUGCGGCAGAGGGCUCUGAAGAGGACGCCGACCGCCCGCACGGUGGGAGAACACGCCCUAAGCCUUCGAUACCCGGAUUGGAUACCGAUACAUCCAAUGGGAAUAUUACAGACCCCAGUGGAUUUGAUAUCGUGGAAUUCAAUGCAGAGGUGGAAGCAGAAAUCACAGGCCCCCUGGCGGCACUCAAAGAUGCUUGCUCGGUCAGAGGUAGAGCCAGGGAGGAGUACGGUAAAAUCCACGAAUCUCUGAACCCCUUCUACCAGGAUAUUAUCAAAACCGAGAGCCCGACUGACUCCUUGGUUUUUAAAUCAUAUGAUAAGCCUGAGCAGCAGGCCCUGUUAUUGACUUGGGUCCACGGCGCGCAGAAGAAAGCUGGAUGA